CUGCCGUAAAUCAUCACACGAAGAAAAAAAAAGCGGAACAACAACAAGAACCGGAAUAAUUUGGUGUUGCAGAAAAGAAAGAUUUGCAUUAUUGAAAAAAUCAUAAAAUUACACACAAACAUGUUCAGUCUGGAGACUUUUGAGUGUCAGAUGUCUGUUCUGCUGCAGGCUGAGGUGGAAGCGGCGCUCACGGAGCUCAGCAGGCUGCUGGAGGAGGGCCCGGCCUCGGCUCCAGUCAUGGCCGCUCAGCACCGCUCAUCUCCGGCUGUGAAGAGCGAAGAAGUGACUCCAUCGGAGGAGAGUCGCAUAUUUAAUAAAGCCAUAACGGACCAGUUUGCAUCCCUCAUGGAAACAUGGACCAAAGAUGCAGUAAAGAAGAUACUGACGAUGUUGAAAGUGUCCAUGUGUGAAGCUGAGGAUUGUCCUGCUGCAGAGCAGAGGGCUGGGUCGAAUGUGGAGACGAAGCAGACGAGCAUGAAGCCGGAAGCAGGGCGAGUGGCCGGGCCCAAAGGUCAAUCUGCAUCCAGAACCUCUCGUCAGAAAAGAAAGAAAAUCGAAGGAGGAUCCAAACCAGCCCCAAAAAAGCAGAAUGACCACAUAUAUCAUAGAGAAGAGCAACAUACUGAAGAACCAACAGCAUCAGCAGCAGCGGCUGACUCAGAAUCAGUGAUCACACCUGCUGAUGCACUCACACGUGAGAGUAACUCUGGCUCCCUGUCUGUACCUGACGCUACGUCAACAGCGGUCGCCUCAGAGCCGGCCUCCGAUGUAAGCGAGGAAGAUGGCGUCCAGGAGGAUACGGGUCUUACGACUGCCACAUCCAAAAUUAAAAGGAAGAAGAGCACAGGGCCAAUGAAAUGUCCCUCUUGUGACAAAACUUUUGCUCUGAAGUGUAUGCUGGACAGACACUACCUGACUCACACCAAACCACACCUAUGCUCCGAGUGCGGGAAAUGUUUUUCAGAGAAACAGGGGCUCAUCGCGCAUUCCAGACGACACACCGGAGAGAAACCUUACGAAUGCUCCGACUGCGGGAUAGAGUUUGCCUACAAAUAUACCUUAGCUAGACACAUGCGUCGGCACAGCCUGAAGAAACCAAGCACCCGCACAUGCACGCUGUGUGAGAGUCAGUUCAACGGGGCGUUGGAGCUUCAGCGGCACAGGUGCGGCGCCUUGAAGAAGACCUUUGUUUGCUCGCUGUGCCCUGAGGCCUUCGAGUGCAGAAAGAGCUUGGCGGAUCACGAGAACCUACAUUCAGGAGACAGAGAUUUCGUCUGCGAGAUGUGCGGCGAGAGUUUCUUCUCGUCCUCGUCCCUGACCACCCACCGGGUGACCCACGGGCCAAAGGACAACUGCUGCGACGUGCUCGGCCUCGGAUCCAGCGACGCGAGCGUCCUGGAAAAUCACCUGAGCAAACACACCGGAGAGAAGCUUUUCUCCUGCGAGGUUUGCGGUAAAGGCUGCAGUCACCGGAGCGCUCUGAAGCACCACAUGCUCACCCACACGGGAGAGAAGCCGUACGUCUGCGAGACCUGCGGGAAACGCUGCGGCCACGCCAGCGCGCUCCAGAACCACAUGAGGAUCCACACGGGGAAGAAGCGGGGCCAGCAGCCGGUCUGCAACGUGUGCGGCAAAAAGUUCCGGUGCACGGUCAAUCUCAAGUAUCACAUGAGCAUCCACACGGGGGUGAAGCCCUACGCCUGCGACCAGUGCGAUAAAAAGUUCAGCAACCCCAGCAAUCUCAAGAUACACAUGGCGAUCCACUCUGGGGAAAAGAGGUACGGCUGCAACAUCUGCGGCAGGAGGUUCACUCAGUCCAUCGGCCUCAAGCUGCACAGACGGGUCCACACGGGAGAAAAGCCGUAUUUCUGCGUGGUCUGUGGGAAAGGAUUCAUGCACUGCAGCGACUUCAAGAAACAUCAGAGGGGUCACCUGCCAGAUGAGCCAGGAGAUGAACAGUCUGAAAAAGCUGCUGUGAAAAACUAAAACAUUUCAUUGCUGUACGACCGCGUCAUAUACUUUUUACAUUGACAUACUCAACAGUGGAAAUAUGGCUGGGCAAUGUGACAAUAAAUACUGUGAGAUGAUAGAGAUUUGUCAAUCCUCUGUCUGUAUUAGAACAUUGAAGACUUCAUCGCAAGUAUAAAAUUCUCUAGAUUGACCAAAAACAAUAAGACCCUUAAAAACUCAGCAGGGCUUGACAGUCAUUGGAAACCAAUUCGGGCCACUUUUUAACAUAUAAAAGUCUCUUCAGCUGUAUGUCAGAGGGGUUCAGCUGUUGAAGCAGAAUCAAGACAGAUUGGAGGUCAUCUCUGAGAGAAGAGAUGAUAGACAAGCUGAUGUUGGUGUCACUUAAGGGACCAACAAUCUAAGAAUUCAAUGCUGAAAGGCCAAUGGAUCUUUUGUGGGAAUCAGCACAGUCCAGAAAAAAAAAAAAAAUUGGAAGGGAGAAAAAAGCAACAGUGAUAUGAUGGAUAUUUUUUGGGGAACUAAAUAAAAGCUAUUUUGUAUAGCAGUAAUGUGGUUGCACAUGUUUACUGAUA